AUGUCAUCGCAACAAUUAACUUCUAUCCCACAGAAUAACUCCCAACAAUGCCACCACGCAAUCUUUUCCAUCCCCAAAAUCUUCGGAUCAAUUCUUCUCUCCAUCGGCCCACGCACCCUCCUCCUAUCCCAACGAGUCUGCAAAAAGUUCCACAUCCUCAUAAGCACCUCAAAUGCUCUCCGAGAAACAUUGUUUCUUAAACCAGCCCGCCAUCAGCUGCCAUAUGGAUCUGAAGACCACAUUCGGAACUCUCUCGUCGAAGAUUAUCCCUGGCAACCUCGGUUUUUACAGAGCCACGACGAUGCACUUAUCAGACAGGAGAUGAGCUGGCGGCAAAUGGACUUUCAGCAACCUCCAACGUCGACGAUUUGUGUCAUUGAGUACUCGCAGUUUGGGGGGAAGUCGCAGUACCGGCGGUUUAAAUUCACGAAGGCGGGAUGCUGUUGACUGCUGUUCCAGGAUGGGUGCGAAUACGGAUUCUAUCGGUGCUCUGGUUCCAGUCUGCAAUUAUCUUUGUUCGGGGGCAUGACAUGACAUGGGAGAGCCGCAGUUGCCUCACUCGUUGGAGUCGAUUGGGAAGGAGGAGUAUGCCGAGUAUGAUGAGGAUUGCGAUGAGUGAUUUGUGCAAUCUGCUUUGUGGGAUGUGUCGUAUGUACUUCUACAAUUGCUCAAGGGUCUGGAUAUCUUACUUUCUCUACUGUACAGAGGAAAGGCGGAG